UCGGCCGCAAGGGUCGGAGCACCCCGGCGGCCCGCCUCGGCCAGCUACCGGUAUGCGUCCAUGACCAUCCGCCGCCACGCCAGCGACAUUCCGCCGUCCAGGACCGGUAACUACACCGGUGGCGAGCCCACAACUCGCAGACGCUCCUUUGGACGUCGCUUCCUCUUGUAUGCAACAUUCAGCACACUCUUCUUCUACGGCGGCUCCGUGGCGCUUGCAACGCGCUCUGAUCGCUAUGCCGGCUUUUUCACCGAGUCCGUGCCUUUGGGCGAGAAGAUCAUGGACUUUGUGGACCAAUACGACCUGGAGGAUGUCUCUGUCACCGAAGCCGCCGGCAAGGCUGCAUCGAUCGGCAAGGCGGUAUACAGCUCACUCUCUGGCGCUGCCUCGCGCACGUUCAGCGGCGACAGCAGCAGUACGGGUGGGCAAGGCGAAAAGGACGUUCGCACUUUGCUUGCAGAGGCUAGGGACAAGGCCGCACGCGAAGCUCGCAAAGCCAAGCUGGAGGUGCAGAGCGCGAGCAAAGACGCACAGGAAAAAGGACAGGAGCUAUACCAGUCUGCCAAGCAGCGCUCUGAACAGCUUGUCGAGCAGGCCAAACAGGCUGCUCAGCGUGCAGAGGAUGAGGUGCGCGCAAAGGCGCAAGAGCUCGUCGGCGGCGCGAAGGACGCCAAAGCUGGUGCACUCAGAGAGACCCGCGGGCUUGCAGGUGGUGUCAAGGUCUUCUUUGGAAACCAGCCCAAUACUGAAGAAGGGAACCCAAAGCCGAUCGGUAACUUGACCGGCGGAAAGUCAUCUGACCAAGUUGCCGCUCCAACGAAACCCUGGUCUGAGCCUUUGCCGUUGCAGCACGAGCCGCCUGCCGGCUAUAUCGCACCUCGCUCCGACCGACCUCUGUCCGCCUCCAACGAGAGCAAGGCCGCUCUGCGUCCUGAUCCUGGUGCCCCACAGCUGCCUCUGCUGGCGCCUGCGAUCUCCAAGCUUGCCAGCUCAUCGUCAGAACCCGUGAUCGCACAACUUGCAUCGACAAUCGACGACCUAGCGCAGUUCAUCAAGGAUGCACCGGCCACAAGCAGCUUCCAGGCGAAAGAGGUGCUGAACCUCGCACGUGCGGACUUGGAGAAGCUCACCGACCGCCUCGAUGCCAUUAAGGAGCAGGAGGCGGCGCGCGUGGAUGCCGCGCUCAAGCAGCAGCAAUCCAAGUACGAGGCGGAGCUGUCGCGCGCCUCGGAACGCGCGAACCAGGACCUGACCAAGAAGGACGAGGAGUGGCACAAGAACUUUGAGGUGGAGAGCACCAAGCAGGUCAAGGAGUACCAGACCAAGUUGCAGGCGGAGCUUGCAACGCAGAGCGAGCUAAUCAACGAGCGCCUGCGCGAGGAGGUCAUCGCACAAGGGAUCGAGCUACAGCGCAGGUGGAUGCGAGACAUCAAAGCGCGCGUUGAGCAGGAGCGCGGCGGGCGCCUAGCCAGGCUCGCCGAGCUCGCAACGCAGGUGAAGCAUCUGGAGAACGUCACGCGGGAGAACGGGAAGGAGAUGGAGAGCAGCAGCAGGCUGAACACGCUUAUGGCCAGCAUCAGGGCGCUGCAAACCGUUAUCAAUAGUCCUGGGCUUGUGCAGGACGGUUGUGCAUCAGACGACGGCGGAGAAGACGAGGCCAUCCUCCUUGCUGGCAAGCAGCCCUUCCGCGACUCAUUACGUCGUCUCAAGGCCAACGCUUCGGCGACGGACAGCCCAAUCAUCUCCAGCGUACUGUCAUACCUUGACCAAUCUCCCAUCCCGGACGAGGGAGUGGAUUCGUUUAUCACACUCUCCACGUGGUUCCAGGACAAGGUCAGUCCGGCUGUCCUACGCACGGCCCUCUUGCCUGAGAACGCGGGCGUGCUCGCGCAUGCGACCAGCGCGCUGCUCGCCCCACUCCUCUUCAAGAAGCGCGCAUCGGCCUCUUCUGGAUCCGCGCCGGUGAUUGGCGAGAAGCAGCAGCAGGACGUGCCCAGCAUCCUCGCGCGUGCAGAGUACCUACUCCAGCGCGAAGACCUCGACGGCGCGGCAAGGGAAGUGAAUCAGCUGCAGGGCUGGGGCAAGAUCCUCGCGCAGGAUUGGCUCCGUGCAGCGCGCAACAGGCUCGAGGUGAGCCAGGCGCUCGAGGCUGUCAAGAGCGAGACAAGGUACUUGUCUCUGCUGAAUGCGUGAUGUGCGCAAAUGAGUAGGGAGGAGUGGGUUUAGAAAAGUGGUGUGAACCGGCUCACACCCACGCCCGGAGCCGCGAGGAACGGGAGGAGCUCCGCUGAUUUGUACAUGUGCAGACACACACAAAUUAGAGUGCGCAAGGAAUCGUAAUUGGCGAAUGGCGAG